CUACACGGGCUGUAGGACUCAAGGCGACUAUAAAACAGCUUUCUUGCCCAUUGUGUUGAUGUAGUCAAGAAAUAUACCGUAACGCACAGGCAGAGACAGAGACGGAGAUGGAGGAGUGAGGCGGGACCGGUUUGUGUGGCUGCUAAGAAACGUUUGUCUUGCGGUUUGCGAGCAAACUUUGUGAGGAGAUUUAUUUGUGGCGGGGUCUGCCGAUGACAAUCCUCUGAAACUUUAACUCUCGUGUUAGAGACGCAACAGUGCACAUAAACAAGCCUUUAUUAUUUUAAUGCUCGAAAAAGAAACGGCAGCUCAGAAAUUAGUCUUGCGAGUCGUAUAUCUGUCCUCUAGUCACAACUUCAGCAUAAGCGGGACAAUAUUAGGAAAGGUUUUUUUUGCUGACUAGGUUCUCCGUAUAGUUGACGCGGCUGAAAUGGGAGCGCAUGACGGGCGCUCGGCGCUUGCGGUUCACCGGAGCUCUUUCCUCCUGUGGACGCUGCCGCUGAUACUGUGGCUGACGUGCGUUCAGGGGACGUGGGGACCCGGAGUUUACAAAUACCAGACCGGGACAGCACUCCACAAAGAUCCGUCGAAGAGGAACUGGUGUCCACACACAGUUACUAAAACAGUGACCUGUCAGGUGCAGAAUGGCACCACUCUCCAAAGAGUCUAUCAGACCUGCAGGUGGCCUCAGGGUUGCAAUGGAGGAAGCUAUCGCACUGUGGUCCGGCCAUCCUAUAAAGUCGUGUACCGCACCAUCACCUCUCUGGAGUGGAAAUGUUGUCCUGGAUACAGCGGAUCUCAGUGUGAGGAAGGCUCGGCAAGUAACCUGGUUGCCCAGGAGGCUGUACGAAAACACGCAACACUUCUGAAACCUGCUUCAAAAACAGGAGAGCAUAUCUCAAACUGUUUAAAUUGCAGUCGUAUCACAGCCCUCACAGAUCGCGUGAGCUCUCUGGAGGCCAAGGUUCAGCUUCUUACCGCUCCUGCCUCCACCUCUAAUCGACAAACACAGUUAAAAAGUGAACCUGACUCCUCUUUUCUGAUGGGGGCAACACCUGCCAAAGGUUCUCCUGGGGCCCAGGGUCCCGCAGGUCCACAGGGCGAGAAAGGCCGGGAUGGCUUACCUGGUAAAGACGGUAAACCAGGUUCUCGAGGUCUGCCAGGACCCAAAGGUGAUGCGGGCAGCAGAGGUCCAACUGGGACUCCAGGAUCUAAAGGAACAGCUGGUCCUCCAGGUCCACAGGGACCACCGGGCCUCCCAGGAGAGAGGGGCCUCUCUGGGCCACCCGGCCCUCCUGGGCCCCCCGGACCACCAGCCACAGUACCAGAACAAGAUGGCCUGAAAAAAGACGGUCUGCUUCAUAACAAUUUCCCUGACCUCAGAGUGACACCUUCACAUGGACCACCAGGUCCUCCUGGACCCACCGGUCCUCAAGGACCGAUAGGACCCAGUGGACCACCAGGCCCUAUGGGACAAACUGGAAAGCCAGGAACUCCUGGUUUGCAAGGCCCUGUGGGACCAAAAGGCGACCGAGGCGAAAGAGGACCUCUAGGAUAUCCUGGAGAGAGAGGGUUCAAAGGAGAGCCGGGAGUGCCAGGACCUAAAGGAGAGCCAGGGGAGAAAGGUCUUCCGAGCGAUUUGAACGGGGAUGGGAUACACCAAAUCCGCGAGGCCCUGAAGAUCUUAGCCGAGAGGGUUUUAAUCCUCGAGACUAUGAUCGGUAUCCAUGAACCAGACCUAGGGUCAGGAGACGGCCUCUUUGGCACACCGUCUCCAGAUGUCUACCGGAUUAAGAGGGCAAGAAUGUCAUCUUUCCGAGUCAAUUCUCCCUUAAUCACUGCUGAGACCAAGGUUCGAGGGAAGUAGCCUGCAUAUUCCAAAGAGCGAAGCCAUCGUUUCCAUCUCAAUUUCAUCAACCAUAAAUCCGCAGAACUGGCAGCAACUAUACACGAGUCUCCUGAGACACACACAUUCUACAGAUCCAACCGCUUUGGAAUAUUCCAGUUAAUCAAGAAGGGGGAGACACCUCAGGGAAGACCAAAUGGUGCUGUAUAAAUUAUCCAACUCUUACGGGACUCACGGGUUCCUAGCACCUCUCCUCUGGCAAAUUCGUGUGGUUUGCCAUCAUGUUGUGUCACUCAUGACAUAACCAAAUGAACAGAAUUAGUCUCAAAAACAAUUUGUAAACCUUGUUUCAAACAUGUUUUAAAAUAUAAUAUACAGAAACAGUAUUGGUGCUUGUACAAUUGUUAUAAUAACUAAUUUGUGGGCAAGAAGGGUACAAAAUGUGAUGGAGAGGACGAACGUUUUUUUUAGGAGAGCAUCAAACCAUAUUAUUAGUCUUUCCAGCUGCUGUUAGGAGCUCAUAGUAACUUCAGCAAAUGUACUGUAUGACAAAAUGCACAUAACAAUUCUGCUAUUCAGCCAAACGCCACACUUUUCCCAAUGAUAAAAACUGAUUUCAUAUUCCGUUCCUUGGAUUAAAUGCACUAUGUAGAUAGAGAAUCACCUUGUUUUUUUUUUUAAAGAGAAAGGACAACUGAAGGACAUAAACAUGUAUAAACUUUAAUAGACAGUUCAAUUUUAGUAGCCUUUUGGUUUGGGUUCCCUCUCCCUUUUCAAACGGACUAAAGCUGUAACUAGAUUUGAAUUAGGAAAACAAAUUGUUUUAACAUUUUUAAAUUUUUAAAGUGGUUCUGAAUUAAACUAAAUAAGAUUCUCCUCUAGUUCUAGACAACGAUUAUUAAGUAACCCUAAAAUAAAUAAAAUAUAAAUGUGCAACUGUGUGAGCUAGAGGAGACAGAACCAUAAACCAGACAGAAUCCAAAUGGAGCACAAGGGGAAGCGGGAAAA